AGGAGUCCUCAUAAGAUCUCCAUCACACUAGUUUUAUUGGUACAGAACUCUCGAUCUGACGAGAACCUCCACACUAGACAGUGUUAAGUAACGACAACUUCGUAACUAACAGUGCUUAGCACCAGGGUGCAUGCACAUCUUCAGGGCUAAUGAAACAUGGCUGAGAGUUAUCGUGUAUGUGGAAGAUGCUCUUGCCUACAAAUCCCUCUGUCAUAAGACGGACCCCUUGUCACUGCGGAUACACAGAUUUGUCGGCAGUGUACGCUACAGAAUUAUAUAUGGUUUGGUUGUUGCUAUUUUCCUCCUCCUCGCUUUUGUGGAACGUCCGUCCUCUCUCAGUAUCAACUCAGAUUUCACAGUCGGGAACAACAACACGAACACGAGAUACGAACUCCCAUUUGGAGUGACGCAUUCUAUUGAGUUUGUUUGUAUCAUUUCCUUCAUUGCAGACUUCCUAGCUCGCUGCAGGAUAUCCGAUAAGCCUCCAUGGAAAAGCAAAUGGCUGUUUGCCUACGGAGUUGUCAACUUAGUUUACGUGAUAUUUUUCUGGUUGUUCAUUGGUUUGAGGUCGAGCCAGUUGCUUGUUUACCGGGUACUACGGCCGUUCUACAUGGUACAAAACAGCUCGAUAAUGAAGAAGGUGCUGAAUGCAGUGAGGCGAAGUUUACCCGAAGUGAUCGGAGUGCUGGUGGUACUGACACUGAAUGUGGUGGUAUUUGGACUUAGUGGGCACAUUCUCUUUUCUGAUACUAUCAAGGAAUACUUUGAAACUAUGGAGGAUAGCUUGUGGAAUUUUUUAGUUCUAACAACAACUGCAAAUAAUCCAGAUGUUAUGAUUCCAGCUUAUAAAGUUAACAGACUUUACUUUAUUUUCUUCAUUGCUUAUAUCUGGUUAGGAACCUACGGGCUGAUGAAUUUGCUGCUGGCGGUAAUAUACAACCAGUUUCGGCACAAUUUCAAGGUUUCAGUGAAAGAGCUUAUAAAAAGACGAAGCCUUGCUUUACGAGCUGCGUUCGAAGUGUUAACAAACCCACGGGUCGGCAGAAAUCGAACUACCUCCCACGAGAAAAGCCUCGAGUCUAAUCGAAAUUGGGAGGUGACUGCUGACUCGGACGACUGUCUGAUUGUGGAUGACAUGAAUGAUGAGGAACCAACACAUCCCACCAACAAGUGUUUAGAGGUUUCAGCUGUUCUUGACAUUUUGGACGACCUUAGAAUGAACAGAAAGUAUAAAAAUUUCCUGUACGAUAAAUUGAACGACCAUAAGAGGAUGCAAACUGAUCAUCUUGACAAACAAGACUUUGUGAAACUAUUUUUCGAUGUCGAGACGGACUAUGCGGCAGACGCACUAUUAAAACGAGACGCAUAUUUAAGAAGAGACACAUGGGAGGUUCCUUACAUAAAGAAGAUUGUUCUACAUCCUUUUUUUGAGGUUGUCGGAACAGUUUUUGCGUUUGUGAACACGGUAUCACUGCUAGUCGUUCUGGCCCAAAACCCUGAUGAAGAUGGAGUUCGUUCCGGAGCAGAUUUCGUUUUUUUCAUGAACAUUAUAGUCACAAUCUACUUCAUUAUCGAACAAGUGUUACGGUUCAUGGGUGUUGGACCCAAAGUUUACAUCCGAACAUAUUCCUACUGUUACGACUUGAUCCUGACGGUUGUUGUAUCCAUAUUGAUGACAACUUUUUACACUCGAGACCUUGAUGAUGACGGUCAGGAUCUGGCUGCUACCAAUAUCUUGCGGAGUAUUAACCUUUGUAUUUGUUUUAGAGUCAUCAGAGUGGUCAUGCAGGUCAAACGACUGAGGGUCGUUGUGAAGACCUAUGUAACACUCAUCAAGCACAUGUCCUCUUAUUUGGGAAUACUGAUGGCUCUGAUGUACGUGUACGCUAUAAUAGGGAUGGAGUUGUUCUCAGCGGAUGUAACUUCAGAGAUCCACAACAAAUCGGCUGUGAGGGAUAACCAGACCCUGGCUUCUCAAUGUGGCACCUACUGGAAUCUUGAUUACUACACUUUGAAUUUUGACGAUUUCUUUGCUUCGAUAGUGACUCUUUUAACGCUGAUGGUGGUGAACAACUGGCACAUUAUCGUCAAUGCGUUCUCUUACUCACGAGGAGACUGGUGGUCAACCUACUACUUCAUAUCAUGGUGGAUCAUCUGCGUUCUACUUAUUCUUAAUGUUAUCAUAGCCCUCAUUCUCGAUGCUUUCAUCGACAGGUGGGACAAGAAGGACGAUGUAACCGAAGAUCGGGGAAAUUUCCACGUGAACCAGUUUGUGGAUCCACACGAACGAGCUCGUGCAUUCUCAGAAAAUGAACUCGUCACGGCGCUCCAUCGCAACAACAUCAUCAAAAGUCCCUUCCUUAAUAUUAACUCGACCACUCCAGACGUACCUAGUGCAAGUUAUGUAAAUAGCCAGCAGAUAUUUUGUGCCAAAUCGCCUAAUUCUUUACGUAGGUGAUUCACAAUAUUGAGUGUAAUUCAUGGAUCGGGAAAAAAUGCUGUUCUGGAAGUUUUUGAUGAAUUUUAAUUUUUAUGUUUAUGUACUUCAGAUGCAAUCUAUAAUGUUAUUCCUUACUGUUAGUCUUAUGUUCUCGAUUUUGAUUCUUUGAUGUUUUAA